UGCGAAACACGUGAAUAUAUUCUCCCAAACACGCAGUGAAGCGCGAAAACCCUACACCCAUUUGACGUUGCCGUUGCCGUUGGCUUCCAACGUCAGGGAGGACUAGCUCCAUAUCCGAAAGUUGCUUCGAUCCAUGGCUACUGUUCCUGUUAACCCAAAGCCUUUCUUGAACAAUUUGACUGGGAAGCCUGUGAUGGUUAAACUCAAAUGGGGGAUGGAAUACAAAGGCUUUCUUGUGUCUGUGGACUCGUACAUGAAUUUACAGCUUGCAAAUGCUGAAGAAUAUGUUGACGGGCAGUCCACUGGAAGUCUUGGAGAGAUCUUGAUCAGAUGUAACAAUGUCCUCUAUCUACGAGGCGUGCAAGAGGAUGAAGAAAUCGAAGAAGCUGAUCGCGAUUAGGUGGCAAGAAUUUUCCAACCUGUAGAACAAUUUUCAUGAACUUCUUGGGCUUUUCAUUAUGAUACCAUUCAUCAGG